UCAGUCAGCAGCUGGGCGCUCGGUGUCAGUCAGUCAGCAGCUCACUGCUCUCGCGGUACGGACUGAUCUACAGAAAGAGAGGGAAAGUUUAGCUCAGACAGAUCGGUCUUUCAGAUCAGGCAACAGUAUGGAAUCAGUAGGUUUUCGUUUGGCUUAAUUAUAGAUUUGGAAAAGCAGCGGAGGGAAGGACUUUACGCACUCGCCUCUCUGGAUAACCGCAGUGUCCCUUUACGCAGUGAUGGAGGUUUCGGGCUUUGGAAAUUUUGCGGUUUGGAUUUCGUUCCUGACGGGUAUCACGAUGGCCAGUUACUCAGAAGACCAGUGCAGCUGGAGGGGAAGUGGUCUCUCUCAGCCAGCGAAGAACGUGGAGCAGGUUUGGUUGAGAUGUGCAGAAGGCUCGGUGGAGUGGCUGUACCCCGCUGGAGCGUUGCGUCUCACCCUGUCUCCCCGACUGCCGUGGAGCGCCAUGGGUCCCGGCGAGUCCAGCAGGAGCCCGGUGUCGGCCUGCAUCAAGCCGGAUCAGCACUGGGGAGGGGCUCAACUCUACCUGGAGCGGGACGGAAUCCUGGAGCUUCUGGUUGGAGACGAGACCUCCGAGACGCAAGGGCCAGCCCGUGUGCGGUGCUUCAGUGCCAUGCCUGGAGAACGUCCAGCGCUCUUCUUGCAAGCGACACCUCACCAGGACAUAAGCAGACGCAUCGCUACAUUUCGCUACGAGCUGAGAGCGGAUUGGACAGCACAGCCAUCAGUCAACACGGAUCCAAUCGGCAGCGAAGGAGCCUGCAGGCCGUGCAAUAACACUGAGAUCCUGAUGGCUGUGUGCACUAGUGACUUUGUGGUUCGAGGAAACAUCCGUUCAGUGGAGAAGGACCCGAAUCUAAAAGCAGCAGUGAUCAAAGUGAGCGCGACACGUGUUUACCGUCAGAAGUUUGCGUUGUUCCCUGAAUCUGGGCGUCUGACACGAUCAGGCGAGAUCCGUACGCCUCUUCAGUGUGGCGUUCGGCCCGGCGCUGGCAGCUUCCUGUUUACCGGCCGCGUGCACUUUGGCGAGGCGUGGCUCGGCUGCGCUCCACGCUAUAAAGACUUCCUGAAAGUGUACGAGCAGGCCAAACAGUCCCUGAUGAUCCCCUGCACUCUGGUCAACGACUGACGGGAAAACACGAUUAUGUGGGCGAAACUCAAGGAAGAAUCUGAGAAACUCCUGAACAAAAAAAAAGAGAGAAAAGUUUAGGAGAACAGAGGAAAAAGACACUGUGACACUGAAACAACCAAGGAGGAAGUUUCAGCGAAGAUCACUGGAUCAAGAUGGAUAUCUGAAGAAGUGUCCACGUCUAAUUCCACACAGAUUUGGGGUCUAAAACCUCCUUUUAAACUCAGGAAAUCUUGUCUUUGGACGCUUUGGUAUGAACAUCAUAUCACUGAAAUAUCCAAAGUCCUCAUGAUGUUGGAGAGAAACUCAUGAUUUUGAGUUGGUAAAUAAGCUGUACGCAACGCAUGUAGCGCAGUUGUCUUUUGCAGUAUUUGACGCCAGAGAAAAACAUUGAUUUGUCAGCCUUUAUAUGAUUUUUUUUUUUUCAAACGCUCUGUUUUUGUAUUGAGAGUAUAUAUUUUCUUUUUUUUAUAUGAGAUAAAAAUUCAAGUCUAUUUUCUAAAUUUGCACUGGUGAACGGAAGGGAAAAGAUGGCGAUAUCUGAAUGCUGCAAGCACUGAGAACCAAAACGGAUCUAUAUGUAGCAUAGCAAAAGAUGUUUUUUAUAUAUAUAUAUAUAUAUAAAUAUAUAUUUCUAUACUAUGAAAUCAGCUAUGGUUUAUAUGCUAACAGGCUGAGGAUAGCAUGCAGCUAACAUCAAGUAAUGAAAACAGAUAAAAUAGCGAUAGUAUAUUAAUUAUUCGGUGUCUACAGAUAGCAUGUGCUGAUUACCUCACGGUUAACUAGUUAACAUGGUUAACAUCACCACUAGUUUGCUUUGAUGUUCCUAAACUUACCGUCACAAUUUCAGAGCACUUUUACUCUGAUGAAAAAUGUUUUAUUUUUAAAGUUGCGUUCACACUGACAGCAAUUUGCAACUAUUUUGCAUUUGGACAAAGUUCAACUUUAUGCAAAUGAGCAGCGGUGCAACAACCAAUGGGAGUGCAGACAGUAAACUCGUGAUACUGAAUAUUCAAUUGCUUUAAUCUCACAGCUAAACUGUUGUCAGUGUGAACGCACGUGAACAGGGUAUCCUCGCAAAUCUGGAUUUUAUUUGUAGUUUAAGUAUAUUUACUUACGAUAUAAUCUAUAAAGAGAAUUUAUCGUCUGAAAUAUCGUGUCUUGCUCUCAUACUAUGGACUUGUGUACCAAAACAUUGACUGCUGGUCUCAGGCUGGACUGCUAAACACUGUCCUCCGUCUAAUUCUGGUUAUCUGCUAUUGCUUUUGUCUUUAUUUUGUGCUUCAUAUCCAUUUUUGUCAGCGAUGUAUGUGCACUAAACAAACGAACGGAUCAACCAAACGUGGAGAGCGAGCCGACAUGCCAAGCUGCCAUAUUUUAUGCUGCCUGUGUUUGUUAUUAAUGUCUUUACAAACCAAUGUGACUGCUGGGUGUAAAAUAUAUGUAUAUGUGUGUUUAUGUGGAUAUCGGUGUGUGUAUAUAAGAUGUUUUAGAGUUUUAAAACUGGAUGAUGAAAUAUUCUGUUAACAUUGUAGAGUUUGUAUGAAAGAUUUGUUUAAAAAAAAAAAAUACAGAUAUAAAGAACAAAAAUAAUUGAA